GUGCCACCUCUCACCUUUGUCUUUAAACAGGCAACUUGGUAAAAAAAAAAAUUCAAAAAAAUUAAUUGAGAGCCCCCAGAUAGUUCUACAUAAAUUCAAAAAAUAUUAAUUGAGAGCAACAGAUGGUACUACAGAAAUCCAUUAUGGCCAUCCUCUGUUCCCUUCUUCUGUGGAUUGAGUUACUGAAUGUCUACUCCAAAGCCUUCGACGUGGCUGACACCAUUAAUCCAUCCACACAUCUGAGUGACGGCAAGACCUUGUCCUCCAAAGGUGGAAGUUUUGAACUGGGCUUCUUCAGUCCAGGUAAUUCCCAGAAACGUUACUUGGGCAUCUGGUACAAGAAAAUCCCAAUCAGAACCGUUGUUUGGGUUGCAAACAGGGACAACCCCAUCGAUGACUUGUCCGGCGUGCUGAUGAUUAACAGCACAGGCAGCCUUGUACUCCUCAGCACUAAUGAGACGACUCUGGUCAACAUCAUUUGGUCAUUGAGCUCGCCAAAAGGAGCUCAUCAUCAGAAUCCAGUAGUAGCACAGCUCUUGGAUUCGGGAAAUCUUGUCCUAAGAGAUGAGAAAGACAGUGACCCAGAAAGGUAUUUAUGGCAAAGCUUCGAUUAUCCAACGGAUACGCUGUUGCCGGGGAUGAAAGUUGGAUGGGACUUGAGAAGUGAUCUCAACCGGCGGUUAACGUCGUGGAGGAGCGCAGAUGAUCCGUCCUCUGGAGAACUCACUUAUGAUAUAGAGCGUCAUAACUUCCCCGAGCCCUCUAUGUGGAAAGGCAGCUCCAAGUACUAUCGGAGCGGGCCGUGGAAUGGCCUUCGCUUCAGCGGCGCUCCUGAUUUAAGGCCAAACCCACUUUAUCAAUUUGAAUUCAAAUACAGCCAGGAGGAGGCGUUCUACAGAUACCAGCUUAGGAACAAAUCCGUGGUCUCAAGGUUUGUUCUGAAUCAAACCAGCAACUCAGGUCAGCGUUACAUAUGGAUUGAGGCAGAUCAAGCUUGGCAAGCAUACAUGAUACUGCCUAGAGACCACUGUGACAAUUACGGCGUCUGCGGUGCCCAUGGAAUUUGUGUGAUUAGUGAGUCGCCAGUUUGCCAAUGUCUGAAGGGAUUCAGGCCUAAGUCACAGGAAAGAUGGGAGUUGAUGGACUGGUCGGAAGGGUGUGUGCGAAAUGUGCCGUUGAAGUGUGGAGAUAAAGAUGGGUUUGCCAAAUUUGGGGUGUUGAAGUUGCCGGAGACUACACAGACUUGGGUGAACACGAGUAUGAAUCUUAGGGAUUGCAGAGCCAAAUGCUUUGCCAACUGCUCCUGUAUGGCUUAUACGAACUCGGACAUUAGAGGAGGAGGUAGUGGCUGUGCCAUGUGGUUCGGUGAUCUUAUUGAUAUUCGACAGCUUCCAUCCAGUGGACAGGACAUCUACAUUCGAAUGCCUGCUUCUGAAUUAGGGGCAAACAACUGGUCAUGGAUAAAGAUUGCAGUGAUAACUCUGGCUUCCAUUGCCAUAGUUUCUGGGAUGCUUUCUGUCAGCUAUUACAUCUUCAAAAGAAAGAGAAAUUUAAAAGAAGAAGAAGAAGAAGAAGAAGAAGCAGACAGCAACAGAGGUAAAGAUCAGAAUGCUGAAGUAGGAAAGGAAGACCUGGAGCUGCCAUUGUUCAAAUUGGCUAUAAUAGUUAGUGCCACCAACAACUUUUCAUUUAACAAGAAGCUUGGAGAAGGUGGUUUUGGACCUGUGUAUAAGGGUACACUCCUAGACGGACAAGAAAUUGCUGUGAAGAGGCUUUCAAUAAAUUCUGGGCAAGGAUUGUGUGAGUUCAAAAAUGAAGUUAUAUUGAUCGCAAAACUUCAGCACCGGAAUCUUGUGAGGCUUCUCGGUUAUUGCGUUCAAGGAGAGGAAAAAAUGCUGAUUUAUGAAUACAUGCCCAACAAAAGCUUGGACUUCUUUCUUUUCGGUUUGACUCUCUCAAAACCUAAUCAAACAAGGAGUAAGCUAUUAAAUUGGUCUAAACGCUUCAACAUCAUUUGUGGAAUUGCUCGUGGGAUUCUAUAUCUUCAUCAUGACUCCCGUUUAAGGAUUAUCCAUAGAGAUCUCAAGGCGAGUAAUAUUUUGCUUGACGCUGAGAUGAACCCAAAAAUUUCAGACUUUGGCUUUGCUAGAAUUUUCAGAAGUGAUCAAAUCGAAGCAAAAACAAGGAGAGUGGUUGGAACAUAUGGUUAUAUGGCUCCAGAAUAUGCGAUUGAUGGAUUAUUCUCAACAAAGUCUGAUGUGUUCAGUUUUGGGGUUCUACUAUUGGAGAUUGUAGCCGGAAAGAAAAAUAGAGGUUUUAAUCAUCCGAGUCACAGUCUUAAUCUUAUUGGACAUGCAUGGAAGUUGUGGAAUGAAGGCACGGCUGUUGAAUUGAUAGAUGCAUUGUAUGUGAAUAUAUACUCGACAUCUGAAGUGUUACGAUGUAUUCAUAUUGCUCUAUUAUGUGUCCAGCAGCAUCCUGAGGACAGGCCAAGCAUGUCAUAUGUGGUUCAGAUGUUAGGCAGCGAGAGCACAAUGCCUCCGCCCAAGCAGCCAGGUUUCUUCAUAGGUAGAAAUCCACUUGAAGAAGCAAAUUCUUCACCAGAAAAACUAUGUUCAGCCAAUGGAAUUACAAUUACUGUGAUGGAGCCACGAUAAGUGAUAGAUAUGACAUUUCCUAUAUAUAUGCCAAAAUGUUUACUCUUACUACAUCACUGCAUCUGGAUAUAUUAUGUUGUGUGCUCAA